AUGCAAGGGACACGAGAUGACUGUGCCAAGCGCACAGCGGGAUGCACUUGCGCUUCUCCUGCCCGCACCUCCUUCAUGGGCAUGCUGGCAGCCCUGUCCACCACGCUGGCCACAGGAGCUGCCCUUGGUGACAAGUUCCCUGGCCGGUCACUCCCUAAGAAAACAAAGCGAAAAGCAGAUGAAGCCACCCGGAGCACAGACCACGAGUACCGUGCGGGCAACAAUCCGCACAGCUGUGUGCGCCUCGUGCCAGCGCCCAUCCGCUCACGUCUCCGCGGUCCUCCGCCCGCGUCUGGGGCCAUCGAGGCCCCUGGUGCUGUUCCCUUCCCUGAAAUACCCUCCAGACCCCCUGACCUCCGGCCGCCCGGCGCACACGCCCGUGGGAGUCCAGCCUACUGUGCGGCGAAACGCAGCCCGGCUAAGGACGGAGAGCAGGCCUCGAGCGUCCCUCUGCGCUGGGAUACCGGGGGACGCACACCGCGCUCGCCGUGGCCGCGCCCCGACGUGAGCCCGAACUCGUUCUUUCGAUACGAAGGAGAGCGGAAGGGAGGACGGAAACACGGUCGUGGGAAGCUGCUGUUUAAAGAUGGAAGUUACUACGAAGGCGAGUUUGUGGAUGGAGAGAUCACAGGAGAAGGCUGCCGGCACUGGGCCUGGUCAGGAAACACCUACUCAGGACAGUUCGUUCUGGGAGAGCCUCAAGGACAUGGAGUCAUGAAGUACAAAGCUGGUGGAUAUUACGAAGGGGCAGUCUCCCAUGGCAUGAAGGAAGGACACGGGGUCCUGGUGGACCAGGAGGGACAAGUGUACCAGGGUUCAUUCCACAACAACAAAAGGCAUGGCUGGGGGCAGAUGCUCUUCAAGAACAGUGACAAGUACGAAGGUGACUGGAUUCGGGACCAGCGUCAGGGACACGGGAUACUGCGCUGUGCUGACGGCUCUACAUACGAGGGACAGUGGCACGGCGAUGUCUUCAGUGGACUGGGCAGCCUGGCCCACAGUUCAGGGGUCGUCUACUGCGGGCUGUGGAUCAAUGGCCACCCAGUGGCGCGAGCCACGAGGAUGGUGAUUUUAGGUCCUGAGGUAAUGGAAGUGGUGCAAGGAUCUGCCUUCACGGUGAACGUUCAGCUAUGGCAGGACAAUGGGGAAGUUGCCAUCGGUGAGAACGGCCGUCUCCUGAGGAUCUCGGCGGGCAUCAGAUACGUGAAGCUCCCAGACUACUCCAAGGUCAGCUUUAUCAAAAUGGAUGAAGGCAACCAAGAGACACCCAUCCAGACCCCAUUCGGGUUUGAGUGUGUCACCUACCCCCUGUCCAGCCCCGUGUCCGGAGGGCCGGAGCCCCGAGUUGCCGAAGAAAGUGCCGGAGCCGACUUGCCACUCCCCAAGGACAACCUGGAGCCGGCGCUGGUUUCGGGCACCUCCUGUGGCCAGGGGGACACCCCCAGCGGCCUGCCCGCUGGAGGACACGGGUGUCAUUGUCCCGGUGACUGUCGGCGCGUGGAGCGAGGCUGUGCUGAGUUUGCGGAUGUCCUCCUCGGGCCCCCUCCACCCGGGUACCAGCCCUUCCUGCUCCUGGACAGCCACCAGGAGGUAGGCACCCAGGCCAGGGACCCUGCGAUGCCAGCUGGCAGUCUCAGCUUCCCGGCUCUGCUGGGACCCCCAGAAGCUCCGGUCGCCAUCACUGGGGACCCCCUUUCCGUAAUGGGGAACGGCACCCCCUUGGGAGGUGGCUCCGCAGACAGGGGCCACCCUCCAUUGCCAGGGGCCCUCCUGCUCCUGGGUCACCUGCUGUGCCCUGGGCUGGUGGCACCAGGGCCAGAGCAAACCGCGCUUCCUGCCUUUGCCACACCAGCGGCCCCUCGUUGUCCAGGAGGCUUCAAACAGAAGACGUGGCUGAGCAAGGGGCCCCUCCGCCUCGACAACGACGAGGAGCCGCGCUGUGAUUCCGGAGGGCCGGCGAGUGCAACUGAACCAGAGAUGACACAGGUGAGCGAGUCUGAGGACGAGGCAAUGACAUCAGAACAGGUACAAGUGGAUGCCACGUGCCCAGAGGAGAGCCUGACCGUGGUGCGCAGAGACGCGCAGGGUGUGACAAGUCCUGAGUCACUCCCGCAGGGACGAAGACGGUGGAGUCUGAGGCCUGAUGGGACAGCCACACUGGAGCUGGCAGCAGCAGCGUACCCAGGGGACUACGUGGUCAUGGUCCACGACGUGACCACCCCUCCACUCCUGGGCCACACGCUGCCCACCGCCUUCAAACACCUGCGGAUCUUGGCGAAGGGGGCCAGCCAGCGGCCACAAGUACCUGAGAAAGGCCCCGAAGCCCCGAGCUAG